GGAAGGCUGCCCACUUCCCCUAACGGUUAGUCUCUUGUUUGUCUCCUGGGCUGGCGGUAGUGUACGUGUCGUGCUCCCGUCGUCGUAUCGGCGCGUAAAAUUAACCCGUGAAAUUUCGGUGACCACGUCGCCCGUGGCCAUUGAACAUCGUCCGCCCGGGGAACAUAGUGAUGGACGACGACGCUGAGAAGGUUAUCGCUAUUUCUCUUGGAAAGAUAGCGACGUCUCGAGUUCAGCGUGGUGGGCCCAACCUGCAUCGUAGCCUGCUCGUGGCCAAUGUACUCUACAAAGCCCGAACGUCGUACGUCGACGAUGCCCUACAGACGAAGGGUUCGUCUCUGUCGUCCGUGGUGUGCGCGCCGUGCCCUAACGACGACGACGAAGUAGCCGAGCAAGUCGGCGUCGAAGAGCCUCUCGCUAAGCCUAACCGGAUGGUGACGUCGCCCAUGACGUCAGCGUACGAGGAUUGCGCCAGCACGGACGGCGGCGACGACAAGGAGAACGUGGAGCCGCCGACCGAAGCAUCGACGCCUUCUAUCCGCUACCUCAAGCGUCGUCGCGCUCACGCGGAAGACGAGGAAAACGGUGCGAAGCGCAGCCGCCUCUGGAGACGCUCUUCGUCCUGCGAUUCCGACGACUCCGAUCAGGAUGACCUACAGGAAGUAGACGCGAUGGAGGUCGAGUCCAUAUCAAACUUGGUUCUGGCCUUCAAUUCUGGACUGAAGGGUCUCUCAUCGUCCUGGGAUAACUGCCAGCCGUCCUUGGAGGAAUCGCAACUCCGACGCAGUGCCUCGUUGCCCGACAUGUGUGCCGCGCAGUCCGAUGUGCACCGGACUGCAUUUUCACCGCCUGUGUUGGCGCUCACCGUCUGAGGUUCUUCGCCGCCCACUCUCAUCGCUCGCCUGUAAAUAGGACUCAUACGCCUUGUACAGAUGCCAGUGUUUCUGUAAAAAAAAAAACAACUAAAAACAUCCUAUUGUUUUGAUACGCACGCAUUGUGGUUUGUAAUAAUUGUACAUUUUCGAGCACCGUUUUACGCACGCAUUGUGUCUUGUAAUAAAUGUACAUUUUUUGAGCA